GCGUGAGGCUCCCUGAGGCGGAGGCACGGUCGCCUUUCCCCUGCGCUUGGGCUUCGGGAGGAGACAGAGCGAGAGCAAAGGAGGGAAGCGCUGCCAGGAGGAUGUGGAGGCGGCGGCGGAGGAGGUUACCGCUCCCGCCGCCUUCCACGUCCCCUUGGUGCUGGCGCUGCGCGGCGGGCGACGGCGCGCUCUUCUCGCUCUUGCUGCUCCUGGCCUCGCUGGUUGGGACUUUGCGCGCCUUCAACCUGGACCAGGAGAAGCUCACCGUCUACAGCGGCCCCGAAGGCAGCUACUUCGGCUACGCGCUGGAUUUCUACAGCCCUGCGCCGCACGCAGUCAGUGUCCUCAUAGGAGCUCCAAAGGCCAACACAACUCAGCCAGACAUCGUGGAAGGAGGAGCAGUCUACUAUUGUCCCUGGCCAGCUGUCGAGUGUAAACAGAUCCCCUUUGAUACUACAAACAAUAGGAAAAUAAAAGUGAAUGGCACAAGGGAACCUAUUGAGUUUAAAUCAAAUCAAUGGUUUGGAGCAACAGUCAGAGCUCAUAAAGGAAAAGUUGUGGCGUGUGCUCCUUUGUAUCACUGGAGGACGCUAAAGACUUCACCUGAAAAGGACCCGGUCGGCACGUGCUAUGUUGCAAUUCAGAAUUUCAGCACGUAUGCUGAAUAUUCUCCUUGUCGCAACAACAACCCAGAUCCUGAGGGACAAGGCUACUGUCAAGCGGGAUUCAGCUUAGACUUUUAUGAGAAUGGAGAUCUCAUAGUAGGAGGACCUGGCAGUUUUUAUUGGCAAGGUCAGAUUAUCACUAGUAGUGUUGCUGAUAUUAUCACAGGCUAUUCAUUCAAGAAUAUUUUGAGGAAACUAUCACGAGAAAAGCAAACGGGAGUAGCACCAUCAAUAUAUGAUGACAACUAUCUGGGGUACUCAGUGACUGCUGGUGAAUUUACUGGAGACUUUCAGCAAGAGCUGGUUGCUGGAGUUCCACGAGGUGCACAAAACUUUGGUUAUGUUUCAAUUAUAAAUUCUACGGAUUUAACCUUUAUUCAAAAUUUUACUGGUGAACAGAUGGCCUCUUACUUUGGAUAUACUGUUGCAGUAUCAGAUGUUAAUAAUGAUGGGUUGGAUGACAUCCUUGUUGGUGCUCCUCUUUUCAUGGAGCGAGAAUUUGAGAGCAACCCUAAGGAAGUUGGGCAGGUGUAUCUGUACCUGCAAGUUAGCGCCUUAUAUUUCAGAGAAGCACAGACACUGUCAGGCACGGAGGUAUUUGGUAGAUUUGGCAAUUCCAUCGCACAUCUGGGAGAUCUGAACCAAGAUGGAUAUAAUGAUAUUGCAAUAGGGGCGCCCUUUGCUGGAGAAGACAGAAGGGGGAAAGUACUCAUUUACAAUGGGUUCAGUAUUGGGUUAAAUCCUAAACCUUCCCAAGUACUUAGCGGAAUGUGGGCCUCCCAAUCUAUGCCUGCGGGAUUUGGCUUUACGCUCAGAGGAGACUCAGACAUAGACAAGAAUGAUUACCCAGAUUUAAUUGUGGGUGCAUUUGGAGCUGGAAAAGUUGUUGUUUACAGAGCAAGACCGGUGGUGACAGUGGAUGCUCGGCUGUUGCUAUCCACAGAGAUUAUAAAUCCAGAAAAUAAAACCUGUCAGCUUCCUGUCACUAAGACUUCUGUAGCUUGUUUUACCAUAAACGUCUGUGUGAGUUUUGAAGGUCCAGGCAUUUCAGAUAAAAUAGCUCUGAGAGCUGAACUACAGUUGGAUUCCUUAAAGGUCAAAGGAGCAGUUAAGCGGACUCUCUUCCUUGAUUACCAUCAAUCACAGCACAUUUUCCUCUUCACUGUAUCCAGGCAGAAUUGGUUCACUUGCAAGAACUUUGUGGUUUAUCUCAGAGAUGAAACAGAAUUUCGGGAUAAAUUGUCUCCAAUCCACAUUACUCUGAAUUACAGCUUGGAUGAAUCUGCUUUCUCACAUGACUUGACUGUGAACCCAAUCUUAAACUACUACCAAGAAAAUGUCAUUGGGGAGCAGGCUUACAUUCUUGUGGAUUGUGGAGAGGACAACGUGUGCAUUCCCGACUUGAAACUUUCCGCUAUGCCAGAUAGGGAUCAGAUCAUAAUUGGGGAGGAAAACUGCGUCAUGCUAAUGAUCAAUUCAAGAAAUGAAGGAGAAGGUGCCUAUGAGGCUGAGCUUCACAUAAAAAUACCUCCUGAGGCAGAUUACACUGGCAUUGAGCGUACAAACAAGGCACUACGUGCACUGAGCUGUGAUUACAAAAUGGAAAACGAAACAAGAAUGGUGAUUUGUGACCUUGGGAACCCUAUGGCAGCUGGAACAAAUUUUUCUUCAGGCAUCAGAUUUACUGUUCAGCGAUUUGACAAUCCCGAGUCAAACAUCCAGUUUGAAUUGCAAAUAAGAAGUUCCAACAAGGUUAAUCCCAACAGUAAUUUGGUUGACCUUCAGAUUGACAUAAGCGCAACAGCUCAAGUACAGGUCAGGGGCGUCUCUGAUCCUCCACAAAUUGUUUUGCCAAUUCCCAACUGGCAAGCUAAGGCUGAACCUACCAAAGAAGAGGACAUUGGACCUCUAGUGGAACAUAUAUACGAGUUGCACAACAUUGGGCCAAGUGCUAUCAAUGACACAGUGUUGUAUGUGGAAUGGCCAAUGCGGAGCAAGGAGGAGUUCCUUCUUUACAUCCUUCACAUUCAGACCCAUGGACCAUUGCAAUGUCAGACAAGCUCUGCAAUCAACAGUUUAGGAAUAAAGUUUGCUAUCCCAGAGGACACACCAGAACUUGCUGCUUUUUUACGCAACUCCUCUAUCCCGCACUACGUUGGCCGCAGAGAAGUCAAAACAGUAGAGCAUCCAAAGAGCUCUGCAAGAAUUCUGAAUUGCACAAAUGUGGAGUGCUUAAUGAUCACUUGUUCCGUGGGGCUCUUAGAAAGAGGGAAAAGUGCUGCCUUGAAAAUACGAUCUCGUUUAUGGGCCUCAACAUUUCUAAAGAGGAAAAAUGGCCACUAUUCCCUUUCCGUCAAUGUGUCAUUUGAAGUAAAGAAGAUGCCAUACAAAGUUCAGCCGGCAAAACUCCCUGAAGGAAGUGUAGCAAUUAAAACAUCAGUUAUUUGGGCUACCCCAAAUAUCUCCUUUGCAAUCCCAUUGUGGGUUAUAAUAUUGGCCAUACUCCUUGGCCUGCUAGUUCUGGCUAUGCUGACCUUAGCUUUGUGGAAGUGUGGCUUCUUCGACAGAGCAAGACCACCCAGAGACGACAUGGCUGAUAGGGUUCAGCUAACAAGUGACAAGACUACUGAUGCAUAGAAAAGGAAAUAUCUGCAGAAAAAUCCUAGAGUGGACAGUCCAUCCUCCAGAAGCCCACCUUUGAACGGAGGUCUUCCCAAGAUGUUGGCAUGAGCUGAUGUUUUACAUGUUGGCUACAUCAUAACCUUGAAGAGCAGAAAAGAACAUCAUUGAUUCAAGAGUAUAUCCAUAUGCUAAACUAUUUUUAAGAAGCUAUUGCAGGAAGAAACGGUUCACUUAUUCGCAACUGUGAUGGAUUCUUCAUGUUGCAUGGGGUUAAUUAAGAGGACUCUUCAUCCAAACCAUGCUGGGAUGAAGACUCUUUUUUUGUGGUGUGGCUUGAAGAGGAGUGGGACAGAAUAUUAUUCAUCAAACUCUACUGUAUCAUGGCAGAACAUGUGGCGCCUCCCUAAGGAGAAAAACUUCUAUGAAACUGGCUCAGGGAGACAAGCAAUAUUCCUGGUACUGUGAAAGUACUUCUGAAAAAAAAGAAGCAGAAGAAGCAGAAAUAGCUUUUAAAUAUGCUUAUUAUAAGUGAGGCAUGAUUAUUUAUUUUUUCCAUCUGUCAUUGAUUAUAUAUCAUAACAAAAAUAAGUCACAAAGUUUUGUAUUCCAAUGGUAACAGCUUCAGUACUUUGUAUGUAAAUAGAAAGAAUGUAUCCUGCACAUUCCUUAUAUCAGUUAUAAGUGCUUGGAGGGAAAUGUACAUGUAUAUGAUUUUAUAGGAUGAAAAGUGUGAUUUCAAGAAGUAAUGGAAUCAUAGGUCUGGAAAGUGACCCUGGAGAUUAUCUAGCUCAUCCCUGAGACACAGGACAUAGAACUUUCCAUUUAUUUAAUACCACCACAAAACAAACCUAGCAUUUAUUUAAUAGCAUCAUGCCAUGAACCUAAUAGUUCAGUGUUAUCCACUUCAUAAUGACUGUCGAGCACAAAUAAGUCUAGCAUCUUGUUUCGGAGAUAUGUCUGUUUGUAGAAAAAUUUUAACAUAUUGUCUGUACCCUACUAAUAUACUCCAACCGUUCCUAGUAAAUCACUAAACCACUUUCUUGAAAAGCGUGAUAAAUAAGCCAGGUAGAAAACGUGUGGAGAAAACAUCUUAUGUAAAUAAAAUAAGUGUCUGCUAUGAUGUAAAUCCCAUUUACCAACCCUUUCUGAGAGAUAUUCUUCUCUGGCUCACUAACACAAGUCAAUUAUACUCAACGUCUGCAUCCACUGGAACGACCACAGAUAAUUUAGAGGAAAAAAAUAAUCAGAACUUGGAAUAUUAUUUUGAAAAGGAACUCAUAGUAUUAUUCAUUGUGUAAAAAUUCCCAUUGAAAUGCCUCAAAAAUAUUUUAAAUGCAUUUUGGAAGUAGGUAGAAAGUAUUGCUCAUUAGACCAAAAAUAGCUUUUUAUUUUUGAAAUAUAACUACAGCUUUGUUAGCCCAAAUACUGGCUGAAAUCCUAUUGGGUGGCUAUGCUUGCGUAACUCCAUGUUACCCAAGCAGUAAGUCACUCUAAUUGCUCCAAAGCCGAUUUGCUGUUCACAAGUUCUUCUGCAGUUGCACUGUGCAAUUCGGUCACAGAGGGAACCACAUGAUUCACUCUGCAAUCAGAUAACACUAUCCUCGUUGCCUGGGUGGAAUGCCCAGUACAUUUACAAUGACAGUACUUGGUGCUAUGUGAAGACGAAGAGUAUAUAUUUACAGGGAGGAUUGCUUAUUAUAACUGCUUUCAGUAAUUCCAGAUUUAUAGGAUUACAAACCCUCCUUAGUCUCCCACCAGAUUAAAAAUGUUAAAAUGGCCAUCAGAAAUAAUGCCAAAUGUUUUUAAGACCAUUAUGAGGAUUAUUUAUUGGGUUUGCUUUAUGCUCCCAUAAUUUUUCCAGAACGUGCUUAAUAAUUACAUAUCUAAUCAUUAAGAAGUUAAUUUUGCUUUCCUAUUUCAAUUGAUUAAUGGACACCUAUACUAGUCUACUGUAUUCCAGACAUGAAACCUUCUGUGUAUGCAUGGAGUUUCCUUCACAUGCAACAGUUUUCUACUGAGUUCUGAAAGAGAACUGAUCAGUGUGCAUUUCAUGUAUAAAAAUAAGCAGGGUGCUACUGACAUUAAGUGGGAUGCUGUGGAUAAAAGUGUACCGUAGAUCGAUUUUUUUU